UGCAAUUUUUCGCGAGUUCGGUAUUCGUCGGUUUUCGAUUUCGGUUUUGUUCUGACUUCUGUUCUGGGUUCUUGCCGUGUGGUGCAUUUUGUUUCGAUUUCAAUUUCGGUAUUCGAUUCUAUUUUUAUUUUUCUCUAAAAAAGAACAAAUAAGUAAAUUCCUUCCUGUUUUCGGUACAAAUAAAUAUUGAUAAUAAUUUAAAUAUUAUUUUGCAAUAAAACAGAAAUCCGUGCUUAGCAUAUUUACGCGGCAAUUUAAUAUUGCAGUGAGAUAACGGGAAAAAUAGAAUAACCAUACAAAAAGUAUAAUAAUGAUCCAAAUCGAUGCGUGCAGCAAGGUUAUGUUUGAUUACAAUUAUAAUAAAAUUAGCAAUAAUUAUUAUUUAUAUGCGGUUUCGCAGAAUUGAAUGUGGCUGACAAGAAAUAAUAAUCAAUAAAAAUUCACCCCGCCGCCGUCGUUGUAAAAAAAAAACAAACGUAAAUACCGAACACACGGUUUGAAGAAAUAAUUAAUUUAAAAAAUAAAAUUUAUUUUCUGAAUAAUUAUGCUUGCGUUGCUAUUGCUGCUCUUGCUCCGGCAACCCAACAAAAUUAAUAUUGUGUAGCUAUCUAUUCUAUAUCUAAAAAAAAAUCUACCUUGAUUAUAAAAAUAAGAUAAAAGGAAGUUUCAAACAUUUUUCCGCAGAAUACCCACGAAAUAGAAAGAAUACAAUUAAACAAAAAACAAAACUAGGUAAUUUAUCGAAUUCAAAAUCGAAUUCGAUUAAAAAGCCAAAGAGCAAUUUAAUCAACUAAAUAAAUACAAAAUAAAAUAAAAACUUAACAUGACAUCGGAGGGGUCAACAAGUAGCAGUAGUUUCAGCUCCGGAGGAGGUGGCAGUGACAGUCGUGUUGUUGGCGGAACAAAAAGGAAGAAACGCUCGGGACUGCCCGAUUCGGUGUCCCAGUGUUACUACAAACACGGCCUCUUCCUGUCUAGCUAUCCGACAUGUGCCUCAAGUAUAGCAAUUGUUGCCAUAUUAUUUUCGUGCUAUCCCCUCAUAAAUAUCCCACUACCUGGGACCAUCCCAACAAAAAUCGUCCUGCCAUUCGAGGGUAAAUAUAGUAAUCUCUUUGGCGAAGGUGACAAAAAUUACUCACUUGUGAAUAACAUAUUCAAUGUGAAUAAUAUAUCCUAUGACCCACCUUUUCCCUGGGCGCAAAGUAGCCCUAUGCUUUAUGUGCAACAAAUAGCCCUACGCACUAGCGUGUUUCCAUGGACAGACGAUAUGCAAUUAAUGGAUGCCUUUCGAGCGCCGCUUUAUGAAGUAUUUAAACUGCUUGAAGUCGUACGGAAUCAUGAGUCAGAGGAAAGCAAAAAGACCCUGGAUCAUUUUUGCCUUCAUGUUGAGAAUGUCAAACGGCGAGCACAGAACGAACAAUUAUUUCCCGAAUACAAUUGUCUGGUGUUGUCGCCGGCUAAUUUGUGGGGACAAAAUAUACACAACUUUACUAAGGAUACUAAUAUAUUGAAUACGGUCUUUCAAUAUCAUAAUCUUCAAAAAUCUAAAGUAUCAACAGCAGAAAUGCUCUUCGGACUACCAAUGCAAGAUACCGGCUUUAAAAGAUACCCGCUCCGUUCCAGAUCACGUGUCAUACAAUACGCCAUAACACUUAUCCUAAAAAACAACGAUAAAGAGUUCCUAAAAUCACUUAAACAAAAACUCACAACCAUGUAUGCAAUGUACCAAAAUACUGAAGAAACCGCCGAAGAUAAAUCUUCAAUAAUGUACAUUUUCUAUCCGGGAGAAUUUAAGAUCUUCGAAUUUGUACCAUUGUGCACGGCAUUUGUAUUACUCUUCACUUACAUAUACUUUUCCGUCCGAAAAAUUGAUGUGAUACGGUCGAGGCUAGUCUUGGCUCUAUGCUCUGUAGUAACUGUGCUGGGAAGCCUAAUGAUGUCGUUGGGGUUGUGUUUCUUUUUUGGUUUGACUAUAAGUCUACAAUCGAAAGAUAUUUUCCCAUACCUGGUCAUACUUAUUGGUUUGGAAAAUUGUCUAGUCAUAACAAAGAGUGUUGUCUCGACAGACGAAACAUUCGAUGUGAAAAUACGAGUUGCUCAAGCUCUUAGCAAGGAGGGUUGGCAUAUUUCGAAGACACUACUCACAGAAAUCACCAUAUUGACCAUUGGUUUGGCGACAUUCGUUCCGGUUAUUCAGGAGUUUUGUGUGUUUGCAAUUGUUGGACUGUUGUCGGAUUUUCUCUUGCAAAUGCUUUUAUUCUCAACGAUUCUCGCAAUGAAUAUCAAACGCAUCGAGUACACAAUGGAGGCGAAGCAUUUGCCAAAGAUGAUGCUAAGCUAUUCGGUGGACAGCAAACGAAACGAAUUUCGCUUCUUCUCAAACACAUCUAGUCAUCCCAGCAAUGUUUUUCAUCGUUCCUUAUCGCACCCGAAAUUGUCUUUCAAUGACAGUGAUCUGCCAAAGCGUCCCACAAUCGUAUCGAAUGAACAGAAAAUUCCAAAGCGUCUUAAGCUUGUGAAUUUCUGGGCUAGAACUCGAUUCUUUCAACGAGCUUUUAUGGUCUGGAUGAGUGUGUGGAUAGGAUCGAUUGUUUAUAAUUCUGGAUUUUUGGAGAAUUUCUUCGUUAUGGAUACCAAUCGGACAAGCUUGAACCACGAAGAUUUCAGUCGAGCUAUGGAAGCUGUGAGGAGCUCUAGUUUCUUCUCGAAUUUGCCCCUCCCAAGAAGCAGUAGUCCUGCGAGUGAGGAAAAAAACACCGAAACCUACUUCGAUGGCAUCAUCAAUGUGACGGAACAAAUGAGAAAACUGCAGUAUCCUGAUUUUGAGUUAAAUUAUUUCCUAUCAAACUUUCAUUGGUCCACCAUAAUGAAACAGUAUAACGUUUCCCUGAGCGGGCGGUAUGUGACCAUAUUGCCAACUAUAAAACUCUCGCACGCCAUCAAACCCGAUGCAGCUAAACUCGUUCGCAAUCCCCAAGAGAAACUCAUCCAAAACUUUCAAUGGAAGGCAUUGGCAGCUGCUCUAGACCCAUUGGAUUUCAGCGAUGACGAAAACAGGGAAUCUCCUCUAAUCACCCCCGGUGGAACACCAUUGUUUCCCAAGAGCCCCAUGGAAAUCUUCUUUGCCAUACUUCUGUGUGCAGUGAGUGUAUUCGUUCUGUGCUAUACAAUGGUUGUAUUCUAUCGUUGUAUCUGCACUCGAAACUAUGCCGAAUGGCGCUCGAGUUGGAAUGAGUCCGAGGUGUCGCAUAAGACCGAACAGAUUCUCGAAGGUGUACCCACACAAAUCGCUGGUCAUACACACAAAAUCGAAUGUCUCGCCUCGGAUGGUGUGAAUAUUGUAAGUUGUUGUCUAAAGGGACAAAUCAAGGUUUGGGAUGCGAAGAGUGGUGAAAAUCUGACCACGAUUAGUCGAGCUGAUAUGCAAAUUUCAAAAACACUAGACGAUGGACAAGUUGUUAAGAAGCGAUUCAAUGCAUCACCUGUUUGGUGUUUGGAUUAUUUGGACAAUUUGAUUGCUGUUGGUUGUGCUAAUGGACGGAUCGAAUUGUGGGAAUCUCCAGCCGGUUGGUUGAAGUGUGCUUAUCAAGAGGAAUCUAAACGCAGUCAAGGUAUUACUCAUAUACACUUGAGCGGCGACCGCGUAGUUGUGGCCAGACUAUGCGGUCGUAUUGAUUUUUAUCGUCUCGAAACCUAUUACAAGGGUAAACAAAUAGACUGGGGCUUCACAUCUGCCUAUCGAAGAACGCACGUUCGUACCGGUUCGACGGGAAGCAUUGGACUAAUGCAACGUGAACAUGAGCUACAAAAAACAACACGUGAAGAAAUGAAGUGCACUUUAGAUGGAGUGCGGCUGGCACAUCAGCAACCCAUAACUUGUAUGGAAGUCAUUAAUGGUUUGGUCUUUACUGGAAGUCAAGAUCAUACUUUAAAAGUUUUUAGUUUAGAAAACUCCGAUGUGGAGUAUACAUUACAUGGUCAUUGUGGACCAAUAACGUGCCUUUUUGUAGACCGUUGGCAACCAGGAACUGGAGGUUCGGGUUCUCAAGAUGGUCUUCUUUGUGUUUGGGAUCUCUUUACGGGUACUUGUAUGUAUAACAUUCAAGCGCACGAUGGUUCGAUAAGUUGUUUAGCGUGUGCGCCUAGUUAUGUGCUAUCGCUUGGCACAGACGAACGAAUUCGGGUAUGGGAACGAUUCCAAGGGAAUCUUCUCAAUACCAUAAAUAUAUCGAAUGCAUAUUCUAAUUUAUUAAUGUUGACGCCGUCUCUCUUGGUCACGAGUAAAUUAGGUUCUCUUAUUGUUUGGGACGUCCGAACUGGUGAACCAGCGAGAGAAGUUAAGCUAGACUGUUCAAAUUCUCAAUUAUGUCCAAAAAUAAUGAUGUUAGCUUGUAAUUCUGUAAUAUGUGAUUAUGGUAAUGAAAUAAGGGUAGUUAGGUUCCCAAUAGUUGCUGAUAAAUGUAACUAAAACAAAAAGAAAAACUGUUUCGUUUUAAUUUUUUUUUAUUACAAAUAGUUUUUAAGAAAACAAAAUCAAACAAAAAAUGGUUUUAAUAUUUUUUAAUAAAAUUAAAAUAUAAUUUAUAACAAUUA